AUGUCGGUGCAAAGUCGAUACUUUACAAUUGGUAAAAAUAUAAUUUUUACUCAAUUAUCUGCGAAUUCGCGUCACAGGCUUCUGAGUCAAACUUACAAAAGUCAAGAUCAAGUGAUUCAAGUGCGAGGAUUUCGUAAUUUUGGUCAUGGAAUCAACAGCGAUUUGUCUAAAACUAGAACUGCCAUGCUUGGGAUCCUUGCAAUUGGUAUUACGGCACCUUACGUCAACUGGAAAUGGAUUUUCAAACAAAUAAAAAAAGCAUUUACUGUCGACGCUGCUGAAAUGUUAAUGGAAGAAAAUGAAGAAAAUAAUAAUACAUCUGUAGAGCAAGCUGACUCCGAACCGAAGAAAAAAAAGAAGAAGCAAAAAGUUGGAUUUCGUGAUCGCAAGAUAAUUGAAUAUGAAAACCGCAUACGUCAUUACUCAACACCUGACAAAGUAUUCCGUUACUUUGCGACUCUUCAAGUGUCUAUUACUGACACUCAUCAUGAAGUUUAUAUGACGCCCGAUGACUUCUUGAGAUCCAUGACUCCUGGUGUUAAGCAACCUGAGGGUUUGGGAUUAGAUCAGUACAAACGAUUUGAUCCAAAGCGCUGGAUUGAUAAGUUUCUCAGAUUACAUUUUCUUACUGACAGUCCUUUCAAAAGACAUUUUGAAAUAGCUUUCCGCAUGUUUGACUUCAACGGCGACGGAGAUGUUGAUUCCGAAGAAUUCAGCAAAGUCGCAACAUUAAUAAGACAGCAAACAAGUAUAGGUAACCGUCACCGCGACCAUGCUAACACUGGUAACACCUUCAAAGGAGUAAAUUCAGCAUUGACCACUUACUUCUUCGGAUCCAACAUGGACCAGAAAUUGACAAUCGAAAAGUUUCUCGACUUUCAAGAACAGCUGCAAAAAGAAAUUUUGAGUCUUGAGUUCGAACGUCGCAAUCCUGAUGCAGAUGGAAAAAUAACGGAAACAGAUUUCACAGAGCUGUUGCUAGCUUAUGCGGGUUAUCCCGAGAACAAGAGAAUAAAAAUGAUAAAAAGAGUAAAGAAACAGUUCAAAGAUAAUCCUCAAGGAGUCAGCAAAGAAGACUACUUAAAAUUCUUCCAUUUUUUAAAUAAUAUCAAUGAUGUCGAUACAGCUUUGACAUUUUAUCACAUUGCCGGCGCGUCUAUUGACCAAGCUACCUUAAAACAUGUAGCGCAUACAGUAGCACACGUUGAAUUAAUGGAUGGACAACUGAGUAAUCGUGAGUUUGUAGCAGUGAUGAAGAAUCGUGUCUUAAGAGGAUUAGAAAAACCCAAGGACACUGGAUUUGUAAAACUAAUGCAAUCAAUGAUGAAAUGUGCAAAAAAUAAUUUAAAGAAUCCACGAAGAAGAAAUAGCAAAGAACCGGUGAAUGAUUUUUAUAAUAAUCAAAAUUAUUUCCAAGAUAUUUUUAUGGAGCAUUCAAAACCGCUGGAAUUAGAAUUUGGACAUGUAUUUGAAAAUCCAAGUAAAUGGGAGCAGAGAUUUGAGAAGAAUGAUAUUGAAAAUAAAAGAUUCCAAGGCAAAGUACGGUGGGGAAACAAUGAUGGAAACUACGGUGAACAUUAUUGGGAUCUUAAUCAUAGAAGAUAA